UCUAGAGUUUUAUUGUGCAACCACUUGCCCUCUUGCUCUUGCUUUUGUUUACACUCCAUUGAAAAAGAGGAAAUAGUGUGAGAAUUACAUUGGGAUAUUCAGGUCAAGAUGAGCAUUUCAUAUUGUAUCUACAUCUCUUCCAACUACUUGUAUUGUAAGGCUCUUUGUGAGCCAUUGUAAGGUGCCUUUAGGUGAGCACCAUUGUAAAAGCUCUUUGUGAGCAGCUGUUUGUAUAGGCUUCUCUGCCGAAAGGAGGAUCACAUAGUGGAUUUGGGGAAUCCUUGAGUUGGUCUCAAGGCGUGGACAUAGGCGCGGUGCCGAACCACAUUAAUAUCGCUGUGAAUUAAGUAAACUCUCAGACAGCCAUGGCAAAGCAGCAGCGCAUGACGAUCAACUUCUCAGCAGUAACGAUGGCAGCGGCCAUCUUGGCUUUCCUAUCGCUAAUCUCCACGCCCUCGGUUAGAGCUGAUCAUCGAGUGCCAGUGUCAUCACCAGCCAAUUCAAAUUCUUUAGAUCAUGAAGCUGUAGCACUGAACAACAUGGAGGUGGCUUCACCACCUGCCACAUCAGCGGACCCUUGGUAUAGGCAAAAGCUACCGCCACAGCCAAGAAGGGGAUUCUACGUGUACCUAAGGGGGUGCAUUGACACACUGACCACGCCCUGCGGCCGUAGGAUGCAGCUCAACAUCUUUGCCAACCGCACAAUUGGCUUAGACGCCAAGUGCUGCCGCAAUCUCCAGAAGAUGGGGUACUUGUGCCACCGAGCAAUGUCCUGGACGCUGGCUAAUCUCCCCAAGUUUGCGACCCAGGGCCACCUCAUUUACCACAAGAGCGAUUCUCUCUACACUCAGUGUACUAAAACUAAACUGUAACUCCAUAUAUAUAUACAUAUAUAUAUGGUCAUGCCCCUUAAUUUAAUUUCAUCCAAUUAACAUUAUUAUAAUUCGAUCUCCGUCUCCAGUUGAGAUUGGAACUAACAUGGCUUAUUGUUUUUGUAUUAAAUGAGUUAAUGUAAUAAGAAGA